AUGAGUGAGUUUCCGAAUCAAGAGGUUGUUUCCGAUGGGUAUAUGAUUAUUUCAUAUGGGCCCUCGAAUUCGAAGAUAAAAUCAUGGGUGAAUAAAAGUGAUUGUUGUUCUUGGGAUGGUAUCACGUGUGCUGCUAAGUCGGGUAAAGUGAUCGGACUAGACCUUAGUUCCAGCUUCCUCUAUGGCCCGCUUAAAUCCAAGAGCAGUCUUUUUAGACUGCGUGAUCUCCGUCAUCUGAAUCUUGCUAACAACAAUUUCAACAGUUCGCAAAUACCAGCUGAUUUUGACAAACUCAUGGAACUAGAAAGACUAAACCUAUCUAGCUCUGCACUUUCAGGGAAAAUUCCAAUCAACCUUCUUCAGCUAACCAAGUUGGUGAACUCCCAUCUUCAAUUGACAAUCUUAAACCAGUUGACUACUUUUACUGUUGCGCAUAACAAGCUCAGUGGAAACUUGCCAGCUUCGAUACUCAAUUUUACCCAACUACGUAGACUCUCUCUCUCUUCAAAUCAGUUCACAGGCUUCCUUCCACCAAUCAUCACCCAAUUCUCCAAAUUAGAGUCUUUUCGUGCUUCUGGUAAUCCUUUUACGGGAGCCGUUCUUUCAUCCCUAGUCCAGAUUCCCUCAUUGACUCAUAUUUAUUUGAGUUAUAACGUAUUCAACGACUUUACUGGGAUUGAGAAUAUCUCUCUGUUGCCUAAUUUAGAAGACUUUUCUCUUGGAAGUAAACAUUACAACAAAGUCGUUGGUCCAGGAGUUGACCUUAAUGUAUUCUCGCCUCUCAAGCAGCUAACCUUAUUACAUCUCUCGGGCAUCCCUCUCACAAUAGCAAAUAUCACUAAUGAUUCGGAUUUUCCAUCAAAUUUGGGUACUUUGACAUUGCGAGGCUGCAACAUCACUGAGUUCCCUGAGUUCAUAAGAUACGAAAGAAAUCUACAACAACUAGAUCUUUCCAACAACAAAAUCAAAGGUCAAGUACCAGCCUGGUUGUGGAGACUACCAAAGUUGUACUCUGUAAAUCUCUCUAACAACUCUCUCAGCGGUUUCAAUAGAUCCUUAAAAGUUUCUCCGAGUCGAAUCAGUUUUGUUGAUCUAAGCUCAAAUGCUUUCCAAGGACCACUCUUCAUCCCACCCUGGAAGCAUCUCGACUAUUUUUCGGGUUCUAAGAAUAACUUCACCGGGAAGAUACCUCUCUCAAUAUGUGGACUAAGCUCUCUAGAAGUCCUAGAUCUAUCAAACAACAACCUCAACGGCUCAAUUCCUUGGUGCUUAGAGACUCUGGUGAUGAGUUCUCUUUCAGAUCUAAAUCUCCGUAACAACAUACUCAGCGGCAUUCUUCCUGAAAUAUUUCAUAACGCCAAGAACUUAAUCUCACUUGAUGUCAGUCACAACCGAUUAGAGGGAAAUGUGCCAGCUUCUCUUGGUGGUUGCUCUGCCUUGGAAGUUUUGAACGUGGGAAGCAACACAUUCAACGACAUGUUUCCCUUCCACUUGAAUUCUCUGCAGAAACUUCAAGUUCUUGUCAUCCGCUCUAACAAGUUUCAUGGCACAUUACAUAAUGCUGAUGGGGUUUGGUUUGGAUUUCCUCAGUUGAAAAUCAUUGAUGUUUCACAUAAUGAUUUCUUCGGUACAUUGCCAUCUCAUUACUUUUUGAACUGGACUGCCAUGUCUUCCAAGAGUGAUGAUAAUAUAGGACCAGAGUACAUUCAGAGUCCUUCAGGAUAUUACUACUUGUCACUUGUGUUGAUGAGUAAAGGAGUGUCGAUGGAGAUGGAACGUAUUCUUACAAUCUACACAGCCAUCGAUUUUUCAGGAAAUCAACUCCAUGGACCAAUUCCUGAUUCCAUUGGUCUGUUGAAGGAGCUUCGCAUUCUAAACAUGUCAAGCAAUGCUUUCACGGGCCACAUCCCAUAUACUAUGGCAAACUUGACGAAUCUGGAGUCACUAGACCUCUCCCAAAACAAGAUUUCUGGUGAGAUUCCUCCUGAGCUUGGAACCCUCUCUUCUCUCGAAGUGAUAAACGUUUCACAUAACCAGCUUGUAGGUUCCAUACCACAAGGCACACAGUUUCAACGGCAAAAAUGCUCCUCCUAUGAAGGAAACCCUGGACUUAAUCGUCCUUCCCUUAAGGAUGUUUGUGGAGAUAUCAAAGUGCUAGCACCACCACAACCCGAACUGGUGGAGACAAAAGAAGAAGAAGAAGAAUCAUUCAGUUGGGUAGCAGCAGGUUUAGGCUUUGCACCUGGACUUGUAUUUGGAUUAGUGAUGGGAUACAUAGUGGCUUCGUACAAGCAUGAGUGGUUCAUGAAGUUUUUUUUCCGAAGCAAGCAACGACGGACCACCAGAAAUCAUUAA